AUGUCCAUACACCCGUCACGGCAGGCCUACGUCGAGGAGGAGCCAGAGGUAUGUUUUCGUCCUUCUGACAGCCAUCUGCGCGUGUUCACAAGUCUUCCCAGCUCUCGACCUCCACUGACACAGACCAUCACUCAGGACUCCGAAAUGACAUAUGACCUCACCAAUGUUCCUCUGGAUACCGACUACUACAUGCCCUCAGCCACUGGAGGCUCAGAAAAGGCGGCCGACGUGAUCGCCCAGUUCAACCGCAAGCGCAAAGCAAACGCCAUUGCUGUCCCCACCGAUGAUGUUCGGGUUCGCGCAAGGCUACGAGAAAUUGGCGAACCCAUCACUCUGUUUGGAGAGCGUCCCGAAGAUCGCCGAGACCGUCUACGAGAACUGCUCUACGCCAAACAAGAAGCUACCGGAGAGGACGUUGCCAUGGAUGUGGACGAAGACGAGGAAGACGAGGAAGAGCAGGAGUUUUAUACGGAAGGUGUUGAUGAGUUGCUCGAGGCGCGCAAGGAGAUCGCUCGUUUCUCUCUGCCUAGGACACAACAGCGCGUCCACUUCCAACGACUCGAGUCUGCAAUUCCCUUACAACGACACGUCGACCACCGCAACUACGUCAAGGACAAAUUAUCAGGCUUCGAACUGUUUGGUUCGCAGAUUGCCGGAGAGCGACCCGUCAGCAUGGCUCGAUUUGCCCCCAACGGAAAGACGAUUGCCGCAGGAAACUGGGGAGGUUCCAUCAAGCUACUAGACGUGCCCAAUCUGGAAGAGAAGGCUGUUUUGCGUGGUCACACUGCCCAAGUCAGUGGUAUAUCCUGGUUUCCUGGCUCUACUUUGGAUGACACCACCGUGUCAGAGGACAGCUUGAACAUAGCUUCGGGCGGCGGAGAGGGCAACAUUCACCUCUGGUCGCUAAACCAGGAUACUCCCAUCUCGACACUUUCUGGCCACACUGGCAGAGUCUGCCGUACCGAGUUCCACCCUUCAGGCAAGUACCUCGCUUCAGCCUCCUACGACACCACAUGGAGACUAUGGGACGUCGAAACCACCACAGAGCUACUUCUCCAAGAAGGUCACUCACACGAGGCGUAUACUGUCGCUUUCAACACAGACGGCUCCCUUCUCGCGAGUGCUGGUUUGGACAGCAUUGCUUGCUUGUGGGAUUUGCGCAGCGGUCGUCGCGUUCUGUAUCUAGAAAGCCACAUUGCUCCAAUCUAUGGUCUGGACUGGAGUCCCGAUGGUUACCGCGUCAUGACUGGUUCAGGCGAUGGUUUCGCAAAGUGUUGGGAUAUCCGUGCAAUGAAGGAAACCGCCUCAAUAGGUGCCCACAAGGGCGGCGUGACUGAUCUGCGCUGGUUCAAGGGUACAGACAGCCCCUUGAGCGGCAAGUCGCUCGACAAGCACGGCGACGCACAAGACUUUGUUCCCAAGAAGAGUGGCACUUUCUUUGUCAGUGCAGGUUUCGACAGGAAUGUCAAGAUCUUCUCGGCCGACGACUGGGCUCUGUGCAAGAGUUUGAGCGGUCACUCGGGUCAUGUUCUUUCUACCGAUGUCACCAGCGACGCCAAGUGGAUUGUCAGUUCAAGUUACGAUCGCACAGUCAAGCUAUGGGCAAGAGACGACAUGCAGGGCCUAUACGACCACGAAGCUUCGAACGGCAUGGACACGAGUACGUAG